CACCGCUGCCGGCGCUGGUCAAAAUCAGCCGUCAUGCAGUCUGCAGUCAACAGGUGCCUCGGAUCACCGAGGCAACUAGGACAAAGUACACUAAUUAUCAGCUGCCAGGCAAAGACCAGCUAGCACUGUUGCAGAAUUGCAGCACCCACAUUGUUCCGCAGCUUUACUGCCGCUUUACUAGCUGCAAACAAGGAUUGCACGAGAAGCUGCAGUGUGACUUUCAAGUCCGCCCUUGAAAGCUUUUAGUAGCAGUGUUUGACCGGAAUCCCAGGUGUGCUCUGCGCCCAAGUAUAAAGCCAGCAGUGUGCGUUCCUUUUUUCUACAUUCUGCAUUAGCCUUCAGCCUUGAGCACCAAUUUGAAUAUAUAGUAAACAUCCAUUCAAUUUCAAUCGCAAGCAUCAAAAACCUUGCUGCAGCAAUACUGCGAUCUCAGCGGCCAUUCCCUUAAUUAGCCCAGCAGCUCUCAGUGGCAUUCGAGGCUGACUAACUCUCACCAAGCAGACUGCAGGGCUGACCUUUACGAAACACCACUGCCGGCAUAUCAGCUUGAAGUUUAAUCCUGUCGCCGCUUCUACUUCGUCCAGCUUCCUUACGUUGCUGAUCUGUCGUGCUUAGUGUACUAGAGAGAGAGCCGCCUUUUCUGAAAGCCCGUCGACUAAUUGGCUCUGCUACUCUCGACGUCGCAUUCAAGCGGCUGACAUUGUUAGACGUCGCUCGGGUGUCACUCCAUCUAGCUGCGCACUAUGGCGUCUCCGUUGCGGCUCUCGAUGCGUCUCUCGACAGCUGUCGCCUUCCUGUUGGUCGCCAGCUCCCUCGCCCCCGCGUUUGCAGCGAGAGUGCUGCAAGACACGUCGACCACUCCGGCCCCUGUCCAAACACAACCCGCCUCUCUAGUUUUUGGCACUGUCACGGGGCCGCGUUUUCCGUGGGCUUCGGUCUUUGGGUCUCCUAACACGGCGCCGUGCUCCGGUUCUGAAUGCGUUAGCUGCCCGGAAGACACUGGCUACGCUUUCACACUGACAAACAACGGCAAAAUCUGCACGAAGACUUACCCGGUCGCUCAGGCGAGUGGCCAAUUGCCAGGCCCAGAUGGAAGUUUCACCGGGCCCUCCAAGACCGACUCCUUUGGCCUCGGCCGUGACUUUUACGAGCGAGUAAACGGGGACAUUCUGGAGACCUGCUUCUCAUCAACGAAGCAGAUUCUGGAUCAGAACCUGUAUGGCAAGCUCAACCCCAGCAUGUACCUUGUAACGGAAACUCAACAGUUCGUGGACUCUCUGCCGGCGAUCCAGAGCUGGUUCGACAUGCAUUUCAAGGACAAGAAGCCGACAGUGCAGAUUUUCGACGUUGGUUUCGACACGACACAGACGCCCAAUGCUCCAUCUACUAGCACAUACAUCGGCGUCUCAUUUGUUGUCAGGGCGGAGACAGACGUGCAGGUGGUUACCUUUAGUACUUACUGGAUUAACCCUGUCACCGUAACCCAAGAUACGUAUGAUAAGUGGACUCUGUAUAGCGUGAGAAACGUCAAAGUAGCAAAUAAAGCGUAGCAACCCCCCUCAUGCGGAGUCAUGCAGGCAGCCGAUCGCCAGUGCAUUGGACCAUGUCGAUGCCAGAUAGUACAAUCAUUUAGGAAAAUCACGAUCGUGACUCUGAUUCGAGUCGGGACACAAUGGGGAUAUAAACAAAUUAUUUGUCUGAAAAUGAAUGGACACAAUAUGUAACAACAAGAAUAUACCUUUUUAAUUUGAU